AGGUGGGGGGAGGGAGGGGGGGGACUCGACUCGGCCAGAUAAACCCCAAGAAAACCCCCCCUCCCAUGGCGGCGACGGGCGCCGGAGCCGGAGGGGGAAGGGGGCCGGGGCCGCGGGACAUGAGGCUGACGAUGCAGGAGGCGGCCAAGAAGCUGUCCCUGUGGCACUCCGCCACGUUCCGCCCAAUCCUCACCCACGACGAGCUCGAGCCCAUCCUCUCCGCGGCCGGGUUCGCCGCGCUGCCGCCGGCGCCGCGGCCCCCGCCCGAGCACCACCACCACCACCAGCACGCCGGCGCCGGCGCGGCCGCGACGCCGUUGCCGUGGCGCGAGUACGCGUUCGUCGGCGUGGCCGCCGCGGGGCGCCGCAAUGCCGCCGCCGCCGCCGGGUGGCUCGGCCCGCGGCCGCGCCUGCCGUACCCGCGCGUCGACGCGCUGCACCUCCGCACGUACCAGGCCUUCCUCGGCGCCGUCGAGUUCUACCUCGGCGCCCUCCCCGUCGCCGCCCUCUUCCACGUCAGGUGCAUGCCGGUGACGACGGCGCAGGACAGGGUGUUCGACAAGGUGUUCCGGGUGAUGCGCAACUUCGGCGUCGAGGACGACGGCCUCAUCGUCUACCGCGACGGCACCCUCGACGACGCCACCUUCGCCGUCUGCAGCGAGCACAGCCCCGUCCAGGACGUCGGCUACCACGUCAUCCCGGGGAACACCUGCAGCGAGCUCGGCUACCUCAAGCCCGGCAGGAUCGCCGGCAACUGCGACGAGGAGAACUGCGGGAGAUCAGGCGCCGCCAGGAAGCCGAGCUUGCCCAACCCUGCAGGCAGAAAGACGACGCCACUCAAGCUAGAACAGUAGCUGCAGCUGCUGCAUGCCCUGGUUGAUGAAGAGAUCACAAUCCAGAAAGGUUUUCAGCUAGCGACAUGGUUGAUCAGUGAGACUGAUCAGGUGAUAGUGUGGUGGUCGGCUAACUGUUUUGUACUGAGCAGUUGAUUUAUUCGUUAUUCUCUAAGAGUUUUGUACACAAUCUGUUGCAUGUGAUGGAUGCAUGGGCAGUAAGUUUUGUAGCUGGAUUUUGGGAUUAAUAAUGCCAUAAAU